UGUUACAGAGCUACCUCCUACUUUGCCGUCUUUCACUCGUUCUUUUCCGACUGAACUGGGGUGCACGUUAUUCCAGCCGGUCUCUCUUGGCCUCACCACAUCAGAAGAUGAAGCCGUCGCUGAAAGGGCUUUGGCAGCUGAAGAACAGGGUGAUACUCUUCUGCACCCCGUUUAUUCUUUUACCUCUUCCUUUGAUCAUCGGGACCACGGAGGCCGGCUGUGCUUAUGUGAUUGCACUGAUGGCGGUGUACUGGUGCACGGAGGUCCUGCCGCUCGCCGUCACCGCCCUGCUGCCGGUCCUGCUCUUCCCCAUGUUCGGCAUCAUGCAGUCCAAAGAGGUGUGCAUGCAGUACUUGAAGGACACCAACAUGCUGUUUGUGGGCGGGCUGAUCGUGGCGGUGGCCGUGGAGCACUGGAAUCUGCACAAACGCAUCGCCCUGCGGGUGCUGCUCAUCGUAGGGGUGCGGCCGGCGCUCCUGAUGCUGGGCUUCAUGGGGGUGACGGCCUUCCUGUCCAUGUGGAUCAGCAACACGGCCACCACCGCCAUGAUGGUGCCCAUCGUGCAGGCCGUGCUGGAGCAGCUGAACAGCACCCAGGCCGAGGUGCCCCAGAUCCACAGCGGAGACAGCCAGCCGCCCGAGGGCGAGGACAAGCAGCCCGGCAAGCAGGCCGAGAGCCACGUGGUGCUGAACGGACUGACGGUGUCGACGGAGGCGGAGCGCCGGGAGGAGGCGGCGGAGCGGAGGAAGAUGUGCAAAGGCCUGACGCUGUGCGUGUGCUACGCGGCCAGCAUCGGGGGCACCGCCACCCUGACCGGCACCGGCCCCAACCUGGUGCUCACGGGCCAGAUGAGCCAGCUUUUCCCUGAAAAUGGCGAUGUCAUCAACUUUGCCUCGUGGUUCGGCUUCGCCUUCCCCAACAUGAUCCUCAUGCUCACCCUGGCCUGGCUCUGGCUGCAGUUCGUCUUCAUGGGAUUCAACUUCAGGAAGACGUGGGGCUGCGGGGUGGUGAAGACGGAGAAGGAGAUCGCCGCGUAUAACGUGAUCCGGGAGGAGCACCGGCGUCUGGGCCCCAUGUCGUUCGGGGAAAUGAGUGUGCUGGCCCUCUUCACCCUGCUGGUGCUGCUGUGGUUCACCCGGGACCCGGGCUUUAUGGCCGGCUGGGCCACGCACGUCUUCAACGCCGACGCAGAGUACGUCACCGAUGCCACGGUGGCAGUGUUUGUGGCCGUGCUCCUCUUUGUCCUGCCUUCUAAGCCCCCACUGCUCUGCUACAGGAGGUCUCAGAGCUUGGAUAUGGAGCCUCAGCCCUCCAGACAGCCCUCCUCUGCCCUGCUCACCUGGAGGGUGGUCCAAAAGAAGCUGCCCUGGAACAUCGUGCUGCUGCUCGGGGGAGGCUUUGCACUGGCCAAGGGGAGCGAGGAAUCAGGUCUGUCCAGGUGGCUGGGGAAUCAGAUGACUCCUCUCCACACCAUCCCACCCUGGGCCAUUGCCAUCAUCCUCUGUCUCAUGAUUGCCACCUUCACUGAGUGCACCAGCAAUGUGGCCACCGCCACCCUCUUCCUGCCCAUCCUAGCCUCCAUGUGCCAGUCUAUAGAAGUGAAUCCGUUGUAUGUCAUGGUCCCCUGCACGCUAAGUGCCUCCUUUGCCUUCAUGCUGCCUGUGGCUACGCCCCCAAACGCCAUUGUCUUCUCCUACGGCUAUCUUAAAGUGUCCGACAUGGCCAAGACCGGUGUCGUCAUGAACGUCAUAGGCAUCGUCUGCAUCACCCUGGCUAUCAACACGUGGGGAAGGGCCAUGUUCAACCUGGACUCCUUCCCCGCCUGGGCUAACGCCACGGGGGUGUGAGGGGGCCGUGUCAGGCCCUCUUGGGAGAGACGUGGAGCACCCCGCUUCCCUGCCCCCCCUUCCCUGACUGCUCUAGGACGGACAAAGUAGACAGGAGGGUGCUGA